CUUUUGACCAUAAAUACAUACACGGAGCAGUUGGCCCGCUCUGUGUUUUGAACACGUCCCCAGUCCCCAGGUGGCCACUCACUGCAGAUCCAUAGGCACCAUGAGUGGUCAUCUAGAUGCUUCUGCCCUGGCCAACCCCCUUCCCUGUAGCCCCCAUCUCUGGCUCUUCUUUCUUGUCUGGCUCCUUGCCUUCUCGCUCCUCAGUGUUUUCCCACCUUCCCCUCUACGUCCUCUCCUGCGAUUGAUCUGAAGUUCCAUUUCUCAGUGGGGAGGGUGCCCUUUGUCUGGCUCAAGCUCUCUCUGGAACUCUGCCUCUCAGUCUUUUGCCAGAAGGGUACCUGCUAGCACACGCCGGUCAGGACCUGUCUGUCCGUCCGUGAUCCUGAGGGUGGGGACUCACCAAACCCAGAUGUCUGUCAGCUGAUGGUGCCUCAGGGUGGUGGGAAUAUGAUACGCAUUUCCUUAUGACCUUACAGUUAAUAUAAAUGUGACAGCAUUCUUGUAUGUCCCUAAAGAAAUAUGUUGUCACGGACACAGGCGAUUUGUUGUCUACACUUCUUCACAGCAUUCCUCCAGCUGCUCAAACUUUUAAGGCUUUCUCUGCAGAGGUUUCCUGGGAAUACAGCAUGCCUCAGAACUCCUAGGGAUUAUCGAGAAAAGGUCAAUUGGAUUCCAGGUCACUGCCCUUCACAGACGCAUAGAAUCCAUUGUAGAGGUGGCCGCUGUGUGCGGGGUGAACAUCAUCUGUUUCCAGGAAGCAUGGACUAUGCCCUUUGCCUUCUGUACGAGAGAGAAGCUUCCUUGGACGGAGUUUGCUGAGUCAGCAGAGGACGGACCCACCAGCAGAUUCUGUCAGAAGCUGGCAAAGAAGCACAACAUGGUGGUGGUAUCUCCUAUCCUGGAACGAGACAGAGAGCACGGGGACGUUCUGUGGAACACAGCCGUGGUGAUCUCCAAUUCCGGAGCAGUCCUGGGAAAGACCAGGAAAAACCACAUCCCCAGAGUGGGCGACUUCAACGAGUCAACUUACUACAUGGAAGGAAACCUCGGACACCCCGUGUUCCAGACUCAGUUCGGGAGGAUUGCGGUGAACAUCUGCUACGGGCGGCACCACCCUCUCAACUGGCUCAUGUACAGCAUCAACGGGGCUGAGAUCAUCUUCAACCCCUCAGCCACCAUUGGAGCACUCAGUGAGUCCCUGUGGCCAGUUGAGGCCAGAAAUGCAGCCAUUGCAAAUCACUGCUUCACCUGUGCCAUCAACCGAGUGGGCAAGCAGAUUAUAAACUCCGCAGAGACAGUCAGGGUUUUUACCUUGCCUGUCAAAUUCCCUGCUGGCCGCCUGUGUUGGCCCAGUGCUGGCGACUCAGCGGGGAAAUUUCAUAAGUACUUGUUGAUUGCCCAGCGAGUACAGGCCAUUCCUUCUCUCCCUGUAACUUGCUUCCCUGAGUCCUCCUCAGCCGGACUUCGCGCUGCUCACCAGGACUUUGGCUACUUUUACGGCUCGAGCUACGUGGCAGCCCCGGAUAGCAGCCGCACCCCCGGGCUCUCCCGCACCCGGGAUGGGCUGCUGGUUGCUGAGCUCGACCUGAACCUCUGCCGGCAGGUGAAUGACAUCUGGAACUUCAAGAUGACCGGCAGAUAUGAGAUGUACGCUCAGGAGCUCACCGAAGCCGUCAAACCCAACUACAGCCCCAAUGUCGUGAAAGAGUAGCUGGAUUUUAGCCCCUGCCCGCCAAGGAGGGCACCUCUGCCCCUGGCAGAUCAGCAAGUACAGCAGGCUUUACACGCCCAAGUUCUCCCUGAUGAUGUCCUGAUAACACUGUUGGUUUAAAAAUGUUCCAGGCCGGGAGGGUAGAUUGAAGAGUAACUGCAGCGGGUAUGAGGUUUCCUUCCUGGCUGACGAAAUGUUUUGGGCCUACACAGAAGUGAUGGUUACACAACACUGUGAAAGUACCCAUGUGAAAUGCCACUGAAUUGCAUGCUUUAAAAUGGCUAAGUCCAUGUCAUGUGAAUUUUACCGCCAUUUAAAAAAAAAAAAUCUCAGGCACUGAUGGUGCAGGUGGAUUUGCAGUUAGACACACAGGAUGCCCUAGUCCUGAGGUUCGUCUCUUCCUCUGUUUAGACCGUCGGCAACCUGAGGGUAGGGGAGGGAGCGUCUGUGCAAGUAGGGGAAGCUGAGGCUGAUCCAGUCAUUAAGCUACUGGGUGGCUGUGGGCAAGGGAGACAGUCACUGGAUAUGUCAACAUGGCUGCUGUCCCCACAUAUUCAAUCAGACGCUAAUCUGGGUGUUGCUAUGAAGGUAUUUUGUAGAUGUGAUUAAAGUCCAUAACCAGUCAACUAAGCAAGUGAGAUUAUUCUAGAUAAUCCAGGUAGGCCUGAUUCAGUCAGUCAAAAGGCCCCCAGGAGGAGAGCUGAGGCUUCCCUGAUGAAGAAGAAAUUUUGCCUGUGGAUAGCAACUUCCCCCACCCCUAUGUGCCUGAGAGAUCCCAUUUGUUUUUCCUGACCACCUGCCCUACAGAUUUCAGACUUGUCUCUCCAGCCCCCACAAUCACUUAAAUCAAUGCCUUGCAAUAAAUCUCUUAA